GCCAAGGAGGAGGAGCCGCCUCCCGCUGCUGCCGCAGCCCGGUCGACACAGGUGCGGCUGCCGCGCCCGCCGGCGGCCGGCGGGGAUGCGGCUGGUCUUUUAGGAUGAGGUGUUGGUUGCAGGUGUUAAUAGAAGUGAAAAUAAGAAUAUCCAGAUACUAAGAUAAGAACUAAAGGAACCAAACAGGGAAGCAUUCAUAUUUCAAGAUCUCUAAGAAGAGGUAGCAAUAUUUAAUAUGGAACAAAAACCUUGUGAAUCAAAUAAUGAAGAUCUUUUACCAAGUAGUAGUAUGACACCCAAUGGAGGUUCUACAAGUCCAUUUUUUGUAUCAUCUAUUCGUGGUACAAUAAUUGAAAACACAUCUUCAUCUGGGAUGUUGACACAAGUUCCUUUUUUACCUAAACAUGAAGUAGAACUUGAUUCUCACAAGAAAGUCAUCCCUUACCCUGGAAAAGAACACAUCGAACGUGUUUUGGAAGAAUAUUCACAUCAAGUCAAAGAUUUGCAGAAAAGACUAAAUGAAAGCAAUGAAUUGCAUGAGAAACAGAAGUUUUACUUAAGGCAGUCAGUCAUUGACUUGCAAACGAAGCUUCAAGAGAUGCAAAUGGAGAGAGAUGCCAUGGCGGACAUCAGACGAAGGGAAAGUCAGUCCCAGGAGGAUUUAAGAAAUCAGCUUCAAAAUACAGUUCAUGAACUCGAAGCUGCCAGGUGCCUGAAGGAGAACAUGCUGAAAGACAGCAGCACACAGAUAGAGCAGCUGAGGAAGAUGAUGCUUGGCCAUGAGGGAGUGCUUCAGGAAAUCCGCUCAAUCCUAGUUGACUUUGAACAAACCUCAGGCAAGAAAAUAUAUGAACACGACAGUGUGUCUACUAUCCACUUCCGCAACAUGGGCUCAGCUAUUAGUAAAACCCUAAGAGAAUUAGACACAGAGAUUUCAUAUCUUAAAGGGAGGAUAUUUCCAGUUGAGAGCCAGCUUGAGGCACUGAAAUCUGAAUCACAGAACAAAAUAGAACUACUUCUUCAACAGCAUCAAGAUAGGAUUGAGCAGUUGAUAAGUGAACAUGAAGUUGAAAUAACAGGACUUACCGAGAAAGCCAGCAGUGCUCGAAGCCAAGCCAAUAGCAUCCAGAGUCAGCUGGAAAUCAUUCAAGAACAAGCAAGAAACCAAAAUUCAAUGUAUAUGCGCCAACUCAGUGAGCUGGAAUCUACUGUUUCUCAGCUACGUUCUGAAUUAAGGGAAGCCAAAAGGAUGUAUGAAGACAAGAUAGAAGAGCUGGAGAAGCAGUUAGUUCUCGCCAACUCGGAGCUCACUGAAGCACGGACAGAGCGUGACCAGUUCAGUCAGGAAUCUGGAAAUCUGGACGAUCAACUGCAAAAGCUAUUGGCUGACCUACACAAGAGAGAGAAGGAGCUGAGUCUGGAGAAGGAGCAGAAUAAGCGUCUGUGGGACCGGGACACGGGCAACAGCAUCACCAUCGACCACUUGCGGCGGGAGCUGGACGACAGGAACAUGGAGGUGCAGCGCCUGGAGGCCCUCCUCAAGGCCAUGAAGAGCGAGUGUCAGGGCCAGAUGGAGAGGCAGAUGGCAGCAAUUCAGGGAAAGAAUGAAAGCCUAGAAAAAGUGUCCUCCUUGACGGCUCAGCUGGAAUCCACCAAAGAGAUGCUCCGCAAAGUGGUGGAAGAGUUGACGGCCAAGAAAAUGACCCUGGAGAGCUCGGAGAGGACUGUUUCGGACUUGACAGCUUCCCUCCAGGAAAAAGAGAGAGCCAUCGAGGCCACCAACGCAGAGAUCACGAAGCUCCGCUCCCGGGUGGACUUGAAAUUGCAGGAGCUGCAGCACCUGAAAAACGAAGGGGAUCACCUGAGAAAUGUGCAGACGGAAUGUGAUGCCCUUAAGCUGCAGAUGACCGAAAAGGACAAGGUGAUCGAGAUUUUGCGACAGCAGAUUGAGAACAUGACGCAGCUGGUAGGCCAGCAUGGACGGACGGCUGGUGCUAUGCAAGUAGAAAAAGCUCAGCUCGAGAAGGAGAUUAACGAUAGGAGACUGGAACUGCAGGAAUUUAAGAUUUUAAAAGAUAAAAAAGAUGCAAAGAUACGAGAGCUCGAGGCCAGAGUGAGUGACCUGGAGCUGGAAAAGGUGAAGCUGGUGAACGCAGGCUCGGAGCGGCUCCGGGCUGUGAAGGACAUCAAGCAAGAGAGGGAUCAGUUGUUAAGUGAGGUGAAAACCAGUAGGAAUGAGUUAAACAGCCUUACAGAAGACUAUGAAGUCUUAAAAAGGAAUUUCCGAAACAAAAGCGAAGAAAUGGAAACUACUACAAAUAAGCUGAAAAUGCAAUUAAAAUCUGCACAGUCUGAACUAGAACAAACAAGAAAUACAUUAAAGUCGAUGGAAGGAUCUGAUGGUCAUGCUAUGAAAGUGGCAAUGGGGAUGCAAAAACAAAUCACAGCUAAAAGAGGUCAGAUAGAUGCCCUUCAGAGCAAGAUACAGUUUUUGGAAGAGGCGAUGACAAAUGCAAAUAAGGAAAAACAUUUUCUAAAAGAAGAAAAGACUAAAUUAAGCCAGGAGUUGAGUACGGUUGUAACAGAGAAAAGCAAGAUGGCUGGAGAACUAGAAGUCCUGAGAUCUCAGGAACGUCGUUUGAAAGAAAAGGUUGCAAAUAUGGAAAUUGCUCUUGAUAAGGCGUCUUUGCAGUUUGCAGAAUGUCAAGAUAUAAUACAACGUCAGGAGCAAGAAUCUGUGCGCCUGAAACUUCAACACACUUUGGAUGUAAAAGAACUCCAGGGCCCUGGAUACACCUCAAAUGUUUCUGUGAAACCACGCCUUCUGCAGUCAUCAUCCGCUGCCCGUUCCCACUCCAACCUGCCGUCUUCCCAGUCCACGGGCAGCUUCCUGUCGCAUCACUCUAUGAAACCUAACACCCCGAAGGAAGAUCCCACUAGGGAUCUGAAACAGCUUCUGCAGGAGUUGAGAAGUGUGAUCAAUGAGGAGCCAGCAAUGCCUCUUGGCAAGACGGAGGAGGACGGGAGGACGCCGCCAGCUCUGGGGGUCCCCUACGUGGCCGUAGACGACAGAGCAAGAGAUUGCACUGAGUCAAGCCUGAGAUUAGAGACAUGCUAUAGAAGCAGCAACUCAUUAAGGGACUCCACUGAAGGCAGUAAAUCAAGUGAAACUUUCAGCAGAGAGCCGGUCACGUUGCACGCGGGAGAGCUGGAAGAUCCCUCGAGCUGCUUUACGUUCGCAUCUGCAGUAAGUCCAUCUGUGAAAAAUUCAACUUCUCGUUCAUUCCACUCUCCUCCUAAGAAGUCUCCAGUUCACUCCCUCCUAACUAGUUCAGCUGAAGAUUCAAUAGGCUCCCCAUCACAGUACAGAUCCGCCAAAUCUGUUCACUCACCUGAUUCUGUUAAAGCUUCACAGUCUCAGCCAAUAGAAACCACAGGAAAAACGUGCAGGAAGCUUCAGAACAGACUGGAAAGCUUGCAAACUCUGGUAGAAGACUUACAAAUGAAGAACCAAGCAAUGUCUUCAAUGAUCAGAAAUCAAGAGAAGAGGAUACAGAAAGUCAAAGACCAGGAAAAAAUGUUACUAAAAUAAUACAUUGCUUGCCUAACCUUUACAGAGAGAUGAUGCCCAAUUAAUUGUGGUAUUACCUAUAAUUAGUGCCCCGUGAACUUUUUUCUUUUUAUGUGAAAAUUUAAUAAAAGUUACCCUGUCCUGUAAACUCUAUUUUGAAAUAAAAUAUUCUUGAAUGUUCUCCCAGUAAAACUUCAAGCAGUACUAGCUAGUUGUGAAAGUAUUCAUAACUUAUAAGGUAUCGAUUUGUACUAAUGUGUUGGCAUAAUUAUGUGUUUUUUAAUAUUUUUACUGGUGCUGAGGCAAUAGUUAUUUUUCUUCAACUGAACAGACAACUUUCACAGGAAAGUGAAAGAUGGGGGGUGAUGCCCAUAAUGGCU